CCGCCGCCGGCAGCGCGGCAGCACUCGGUGGCACGUCCGGCGAGGCGGGGAGGGCUGAAGGCGGCGGCGACGACAGCGACAGCAGCUGCAGCGGCGGCAGAACCAGCAGCAGCAGGAGGAGGAGACAGCGGCUCUCGCCUUGCGCCGGCCGGUGCGGAGCGGAGCGGGACCGGGGCACCUGUGCCCGGCGGCUCCGCGCAGGUGGUGGCCGGGGGCCGGCGCGGGGCGGCCGCAGACCCCGCUGUGCAUGAGCGACGGGGCGCAGCCGCCGGCGGAGGCUCUGCCCGUGCCCCAGCCCGAGGCACUUCCCGCCCGCCUGCCAUUGUGGUGCAGCCCUCGCACUUGGCCGGGGAUAUUCCUUAUAGUUAUUCAUAUCCAGGAGCCAGUGCAUAAUGGGGAGAAAACUGGACCUCUCUGGCUUGACUGAUGAAGAAGCAGAGCAUGUGCUCCAGGUGGUUCAGCGAGAUUUCAGCCUUCGUAAGAAAGAAGAAGAAAGGCUGAGUGAAAUGAAGCAAAAGUUGGAUGAAGAGGGUAACAAGUGCAGCAUCCUUUCCAAGCAGCAGAAGUUCAAUGAGCACUGCUGCAUUCGCUGCUGCUCCCCUUUCACAUUUCUUAUCAACAGCAAACGACAGUGCCAAGACUGCAAGUACAACAUCUGCAAGAGCUGCAGCACUUACCAGAAGAAGGAGAAGGCUUGGAUUUGCAGUGUCUGUCUGCAAGCAAGGCUCCUAAGGAUCCAGUCUCUGGAUUGGUACUAUAAUAAUGUCAAAAGCCGCUUUAAGUGUUUUGGAAGUGCCAAGGUCCUGAAGAACUUGUACAAGAAGCAUAGACAGGAGAGUGGACUUUGCCCUGAUGCAAUAGCAGAAGGAAGUUUGUAUGAAGGAAGCUUUGAGAAUGAAGGAAGCAUUUGUGGCAGUGACUCUACCUUCUAUCAACAGACAGAAGGACACAGCAUGAUGGAUACCCUUGCUGUGGCCUUACGUGUUGCAGAGGAAGCAGUGGAAGAAGCUAUUUCUAAGGCAGAGACCUACAGUGACAGCCUGGACAAGCAGAAUGAAGCCUGCUACUUGCAGGAGCACAAGGAGGACCUCAUAGAAGAACUGGCCACAACCAUUGUGCAGAAGAUUAUAAAGAAGCAGAAAAGCAAACCCGAGCAGGCCGAGGCCGAGGCCGACUUGGAAUGGCAGCCGCCGUCACGGAGCAGCGGCCUGGCGUCCGGCGCCGUCUCAGACCAGAGCAUGCUGACAUUCCCAGGCAGCCGCAGGGGCUCCUACACCUUGUGGAGGUCUCAGUCUGCAUUCUCCCUGGCUAGUGAAGAUAUGGCCAGCAAAGGACAAGACCUUGCAUCAUCUGUGACCGAGGCUCUUCAGAGACAGCAAAAGGGACAGUCCAGGAAGCAGAAGGAACACAAGCUUUCUGCUUUACCCAGCUGGAAGAGUGUAGACAGACUAAAUGAAACAAGUGACCAAGCGCUGGAACAGGUUGCCCAGAGAUGCUGUGGAGUCCCCUUCACUGAAGAUAUUCAAGAACCCGGAUGCAAUCCUGUGCCAUGUGCAGGUCCACCUUCUGUUUUCCAAAGCACCGAUGGAAACUGGGUGGCUUUGCAGAAUGUCACUCUGCCUCGUCCUCGAAUGCUUGCCAAACCAAAGAGUCAGGUGUUCAAAGCUUUGGAGAAUGAGUCCAGCAUUGUGUCUGCCUAUGACGAGAUGGGCUCGGACAGCGAGGAUGACUAUGACUGGAAUGUGGCCUUGAACAAGCUGCGGCGGAGACCUCGACAAUUGCCAGAUGACUUCUAUUACUCCAAUUCUCAGUAUGGCACUGAGUGGGUUUAUGGCAAUGAUCAGUACCAGGCAGUGACCUCCCCCUCCUCUGGGUUGUACACCAACACUGAGACACUGUUCUCCGAUUCGGAAACAUCUUCAGUAAACUCUUCCCAGGAAGCCAAAGGACCUAGCAAACUUCUCUGGUUGCAAAGCAGAACUCAAAGUGAUAUGCCCAGAAUGGAAAAGAAGCAUUUCCACGGAGAACUAGAUGUAAAUUUCAAUCCACAGGCAACUAGCUUGGAGUAUUCGGACAGCAGUGAGACUGAAGAAGUUCAUUAUGAUUUAGAAAAGAGAUCAAGAAGGUGGAAAAAGAACAAAGCCCUCUCUGAAGACUUAUGUGAAGAAAAGAAUCAGGCAAAAACCAACAAGAUUAAUUUAAGUCAGGUGGGGCCAGAAAGGCACGGUGUUUCCCCAACAUCCAUGAUGGCAUCCUUUAGCAACUCAGUGUGCGCUUCAAAUGGCAAGCUGAUGUGGAAAAUGAUUCUUCUUUCCAACUCUUUUGAUUUUGAUGAUUUAUCAGAAACAGAUAUAAGCAAUGAGGAUCAGCAUCAUGUCAAGCCUGAAGUUAUGGAGGACGAACUUAAAUCCAGGUUAUUUCAGCUUGCUGCUAAAAUGAGUGACAAGGAAACAUCAUCUGGUGAAGAACAAGAGUCAGAACCUGGAGCAGACCUGGAAAACCAGAAGGAGAGUUUGUCCUCAGAGGAAAAUAGCAGAAGUAUUCAGGAAGAGUUAAAGAAGGAAAAACAAAAGGCUUUUGAUCUUCAUUUAAAGCUGCAGUUUUUAUCGACUGUAUUGCAGCAGAAGUACUCUGCUGUCUCCCUCUGCAACAUAUCUACAGAAGUCCUGAAAGUCAUAAAUGCCACUGAAGAACUAAUAACAGAAUCCACCGAUCCUUGUGAUUUCCCAGACGACGUUCAGGACAGAGGAAGAGGAACCCUCCCACUGGGCACAGAUCCUGUCAGACUCGAUGAGCAGCUCACCACACUGGAAGAAAAUGUGUACCUGACAGCCAGCACGGUGUAUGGGCUGGAGGGGCAGCUGACCAACCUGGAAGACGCCGCACGCAAGAUCAACAGUGUUACUGAGGAAUCUGAGCUGGCCGAUCUGGAGGAUCAGGUGGCCACAGCAGCUGCCCAGGUCCACCAUGCAGAGCUUCAGAUUUCAGAUAUUGAGAGCAGAAUAUCAGCUCUCACUGUUGCAGGCUUGAACGUGGCUCCCUGUGUUCGCCUGACAAGGAAACGGGAUCAAAAGCAAACAAACCAGAUGCAUACAAUAGACACAUCAAGACAGCAGAGGAGAAAACUUCCAGCUCCACCAAUAAAAGGUGAAAAAAUAGAUGGUUCUCAAGUUACUACUGUCAGAACGUUUAACAGAAACUUCAUGCUUCAAGGAUCUCUAACACAAAGAACUAAAGAAAGGAAAAGCACUGCCAAGGACUUAAUGGAACCUGCAAUAGGAUCUGCUGUGAUGUACUAAACCUACACUUCCCUACUGCCAAUAACACACUGCCUAAGGCUGUACACUAGAGUGCCUUUUCUUAACAGCCAUUGUGUAUGUCCAGCUGAAAAUGGACCCUCAAGAACCCACAGAGCCUCAGUUAUAGGGCUUCAUUUGGAUACCUCAGUGAGAAAGCUGUCCAAGUCUUCAGCAUUGUGGUCUGCUACAGGAAACUCUGCCUUAAAGUUCUCAGAGGAUUCUAGACAGGAUGCUAUGUCUCAAAAGCAAGGCUCCACAUUUUAAGAUGCACUUUUUCUCCCUAUCGAUUGUACUAAAGAAUGUUGUCUUUAAACUGCAGUAUGUUUUUGUACACUCAAUCAGUCAUAAUUAUAGGCCAAUUAAUCUGCCAAAGCAGACCUGUGAUCCAUAUUUGCUGGCCUCUUACUAUUCACGUGGGCAUCUGUCUUGUCGAGCAAUAAGAACAACUCCGUGCAGUGUGUGCUACUUUUCAGCUGUGUGGAGGGAGAGGAGAAUCUGUGCACCUCACUCUGAUCCCAGGGAGUCAGUGGAAGUCUUGGGAGGGUUGGUGAGAAGAGGAAGAGUUCUCUGUUCUCUGAGAGUACAUCUCGCAGAUUGAAUAUUCCAGCUUCAGAGCUACGGAUAUUGCUCUAAGCAGCAGGGGAACCAGGAAUUGGUGGCCACACACGUGGACCAGAUGUCUGCUGAGUUACAAUCCCGGUGUCUGGAAACAUCUCAACAUUAUUAAAGAAACCAACACCUUCAUAUGUCUUGUUCUUGGCAGCAUUGUCCACUUGGUGGUGGCCAACCAUGCUGUAGUUCAGAAUAAAUUCUGUCCAAACCUUUUAGAUUGGAAAAAGGAGGUGAAAGCCUUGGGGAUGAGAUCUCUGCUGACUGACUGUGGUUGUGGUGGCUGCAACUUGCGAGAGAUUCCUUUCUAACGUUUACUGGUGUUUCUGAGAAGGAGGCAAAUGUAGCUCAAACAUCAAUUCCUAUACUAGUCUGGAGCCACCAGAGAGUAGCUGGGCCCUGUUGCUGGUGCCACAUGCAUCCCACUGGUACUGGACACUCUGAAUUGGAUUGUGAAUAGUAAUAUUCCUUCUUUCAUUUCUUGAGACCCUUAACAGGUGAGUCAAACUAGAAGGCCCUUUGGCAGAUGCCCAGGAGGGAGGAUGCUGCUUACAGGGUGUUCCUCUCACCCUUUUGUGGGAGAACAUUGCCAAUUUGUGGUAUUUUUUGCUCUGAAGAAUACAAAGAAGGUAGUCAGAGGAGGUGAUAAGCCAGUGAAUCCCUUACCUUCCACACCAGCUGCAGAGCAGGUACCCAAGUGCAGAUGGGGUUGAUGUGAAAUGUGCUAUGAAGGAAGGCAUGGGCUAGCACGUUCCCCUCAGCAUUAAGGAGUGGUGAGCUCUCCCAAGAGCUGUGGGCAUCAGGAAGGAAGACAGUUCCUUCUUUCCCUGGGCUCCCAGUGAGCACCCAUGAGCAGAGUGCCACAUGUUACCUGUCAUGCAGCAGGAAAGCAAUUCCCUGGGACACCAGGCCGUGCAAUGCCUAUGGCCGGGCAAAUACAAGUAAAACUGGGCACAUUUCCUGGCUAGGCUGGAUUUAGGGGCAUGAAUGAGGAAGACAAGGAAUGGUUGGAUGGGUUGAUUGAAAAAACAGUGCCAGUUGCAAAUCUGCCAUUCACAUUUGACAUCUAGCUUGUCAGUACUCUGAUGUCCAGCUGCAUGUGAGGAACCCUUGGAAUGAAUACAACCAUCUUCCCACUUAAAAUACACAAGUGUCACUCCAUCCCUUCAAGGAAUUUCCAUCUGCCCAAGAUCUGGCCUAGUGUGUUCAUUCUGGGUGAAAUUAGGCCUUCUUUUUCUCUGAAAUUGGUUUGCACAGAUGUGAGGGAAGAAUUUGGCCUACUCUGUUUAAUAAAAAAUAUAUAUAUAAAAAAAUAGAUUUUAUUUAUAUAUGCAAUCCAGUAAAGGAGAUUAAACAGAGUAGGAUGCCUAGUAGUUUUUUUAUUAUUCAGUCUCCUCCUCCAUUGACUGUUCUUGUGUAUGUAUACAGUACAUUCCCAGGUUCUGGUUUAUGCAGGUAUGCGUGUUAUGAAAUGUCAUUAAUGGUGGUUGGUCUGCAUAUUCGUCUAAUAAAUAAUAAAUAAUAUUGUGUAUGUAAUAUCAAUACAUAAAUGACUAAUUUUAAUAGAAUAACUCUUUGGCUUUUGUUCUGUUAGUGUGAUUUAAACAACUCCAACAAAGUUUGGAGUAGGUUGUUUUCCUUAAGAGGCAUGAAAAGCAGCUGUUAUCGUGUUACAAUGUUAAAAUAUCCAGUCUUCUUUGACAGACAAAUGUGUACUGUGUAGGCAUUGAAAAAAAAAAAAAAAAAAAAAAAAAUCCCACCUGCUCUAAGGCAUUUGAAUUUUUACAAAUGUUUAUCGUGCCAAAUACGUGCAAAGAUAUAAUUUACUGUUUAAAAAAAAAUCAUAAAAGCAUAUGUUAUAGCACACAAAGAAUUAUUUUGUCAUCAGGUGAUUUCAAUCUUUAGUGUUUAUAUUUAGAUUAAUUUUUAUAAAUGAAAAUAUUUUAAUGGGUAAAAUGAAGACUAUAUGACCUAUUUGAUUAAGUCUGAGUGAAUAUUAAGCUUGCCUUGUUGUUGUUAUCUGCAUACUCACCAAGAAUUAUUGUCAAGAGAAAUUAUAAAAGAGUAAAAGCAAUUUAUGAAAAGAA